AUGCCACCCAAACGCAAAGCGGGCAUUCCACCCAAUGCUGCCUCUGCCAACGACUAUACCGACAACGCUGGCGACGCGCCCAACAAGCGGUCUCGAAUAUCUAAACCUUUGUCGAAGCCAUUCACGAAAGGCGCACAACCGGCCGAGUCCGUGGCGGGAGUCAAUGCGAACAUAGCGCCAGGAGAAGGCUUCAAGGAGGAGGAAUCAAGCUUCGAUCAUUCGCGGCCGGAGGAAAGAGUUGGAAUUGUGGAUAGACGGUAUUACCCUGCUGAAAUGAGCAGUGAAAGAUGUACGAUGUAUAACGCGGACGAGAUACCGCGGCCGAUUGAAAUAUUGAACAAGACGCUCGAAGAAACAAGAAACGGACGGGAAGAGAUUCGGACUGGCAAGGCGGGCGGAACGGGCGAUGCGGUCGUGCAUUGGUUCAAGCGUGAUUUGCGUAUCCGCGACAACACAGCGCUCUCGCAGGCAGCAGCAUUGGCGAAGGCGAAGGGUGUGGGGCUGAUAUGCGUCUGGAUUAUGAGUCCAGAGGAUUGGAAAGCACAUCUAGUGAGCCCUGCCAAGUGCCAUUUCGAGCUCAGAUCGGUACAGUUGCUAGGAGAGGAGCUAGAGGAAUUAGGCAUACCGCUUUACAUUGAGAAAGUGGAGAAGAGGAAGAACGUGACAAAGCGAUUAGUGGAUUUAGCGCAGGAGUGGAAGGUGAGGAACGUGUUCUGCAACUUGGAGUACGAGCCCGAUGAGCUGCGGCGAGAAGAGCGGCUCGUGCGCUUGAUGUUGGAGAAAGAAAUCAAUUUCGAUCCGCAACACGAUGACUGCGUAGUACCACCAGGGAGUCUGAAGACGGGUACAGGAAAGCAGUAUGCUGUGUACUCACCUUGGUAUCGCGCAUGGGUAGCACAUUUACACGCCCAUCCGCAUCUACUCGACGAGCGCCCCAUGCCUGGAAAGAACCCUCUCGGUUUCCGAGAAAAGUUUGGGAGGCUUUUCGACUCCCAGAUCCCGGGCCUGCCACAAUGCAAGAACCUGACAGAGAAGGAUAAGGACAAGUUCCAUCACAUGUGGCCAGCAGGUGAAGCAGCGGCAAUCGAUAGAGUGGAGCACUUCUUGACCGAGAAAGUCGGCAAAUAUACCGCAACUCGCAAUUUUCCUAGCAAAAAUAGCACUGGGCGCGUGAGUGUGCAUCAUGCGGCUGGCACACUAGCUGCACGGACGAGUGUACGUAUGGCGAGGGACGUGAACUCGACCAAACGCCUCGACGCUGGUGUUGAUGGAAUCAAAGGAUGGAUAUCAGAAGUAGCAUGGCGUGACUUUUACAGACACGUGCUCGUGCAUUGGCCGUAUAUCUGUAUGAACAAACCUUUCAAGUUCGAAUACACAAACAUCGAAUGGGAGUACAACGACGCGCACUUCCGUGCCUGGGCCGAAGGCCGCACCGGCUACCCCAUCGUCGACGCUGCAAUGCGCUCCCUCAAAGAAACAACAUACAUGCACAACCGUCUGCGCAUGAUCACCGCCUCUUUUCUCGCCAAGCACCUCCUUCUCGACUGGCGCCUGGGCGAGCAGUACUUUAUUUCACACCUCAUUGACGGGGAUUUUGCAUCUAAUAACGGCGGUUGGGGCUUCAGUUCAUCGACUGGCGUCGAUCCACAGCCUUACUUUCGCGUCUUUAAUCCGUGGCUGCAGAGCGAGAAGUUCGAUGAAGACGGCGAGUUUAUCAGGACGUGGGUGAAGGAGUUGGAGGGCGUCGAGGGAAAAGCGAUACAUAAUCCGUAUGCGGCGGGUGGUAAGGCUAAGGAGAUUGCGAAGGAAAAUGGGUAUCCGGAGCCAAUUGUAGAACACAAGUUCGCGAGGGAGAGAUGCCUUGCGAGAUAUAAAGCCGGGAUCGGGAGGGAGACGGCGUAG